CUAUCUGUCCAGAACGCCGGGUGCUUAUAAUUAUAGUUUUACGCGACCCACUCGGAGCCGCGUGCCAUGCAUUGCGACAUGUGAGCGCUGGUCUCUGUGCUUUCUUACCCGUUAACUAGCCAUCACACGCACGCUUGCCUUAUCCAGCAGAGCGACAUACUGUCUUUGUUUACAAAAAAAUCAGCUUCAUACAUCAAGACAUCAUGGCAUACGGGCGAGGAGGUGCAGGUAAUUAUUAUGCAGCGAAGGAAGAGAGCAAGAAGGCUGCCGAGGACAUUGAGGCAAACCACGCUGGUUCGUCCGUCGCACCAGCUUCUCGCUCUCCAUCCACAGCGCAGCCCUCUAAUGCAUCACAAAGUUAUGCACACAUGGGCCGAGGCGGGGCGGGCAACUGGUAUCAGCCUACUGAGUUGCAGAAAGAUGGUACCUUCACUCAACCUGGCGACUCUACUGCUAUUCCUACAUCUCCUACCCCGCAGGUUAGCACGCCAUGGCAUCCCGAGGGCCAAGAGCUGCCUAUUGCGAGGAGCGGAAGAGGUGGAGCAGGCAACUUUGUAUGGAAGAGCGAAGAAGAGGGUAAGAAAGAAAGAGAGGUCGAAGACGCAACCAAGGAGGGAUUGCGCGAGCAGGCAGAAAGAAGUGUUGAAGCAGAACUGGCUAAGCCACCUGGUGCACUGCUUGGGAAGAAGACCGAGAAGGACUGGUAAUUGGUCCAGGCACAAGGACUUGACGCAGAGUGCAUCGCGUAGUGAGACAGCAUCUACACGAAUAGCUUGUCCACAUCUCCUGUAAUAAGAAAGUACUCAACUUCGAGACGCUCUUUGCGCUUGAUUCCAAUGAUGAUAGCUGCACGCGUCUGGCAUCUGCAGCUAACAACCCGUGAAUAAAAGCCAUCACAUCCGAA